AUGGCAAUUAAUGCACCAAGCAUCGAUAAAAUUAUAGAACAGCUGCUUAAGGUAAGGCAUUCCAAAGCACCAACGCCCAGGGUGAAUUUGUCAGAGUCGGAAAUAAAGUUUCUGUGCAGUAAGGCAAGAGAAGUGUUCUUGUCACAGCCAAUGCUUUUAGAAAUGGAGGCACCCAUCAAGAUAUGUGGGGACAUACACGGACAGUAUUCUGACCUUCUGAGAAUAUUUGAAUACGGGGGCCCUCCACCAGAAAGCAACUAUUUAUUUCUGGGAGAUUAUGUGGACAGAGGGAGGCAGAGCCUAGAAACAAUUUGUCUUCUGUUAGCGUAUAAGGUGAAGUACCCAGACAACUUCUUCCUGCUUAGAGGAAACCACGAGUGUGCCAGCAUAAACAGAAUAUACGGGUUUUAUGAGGAGUGCAAGGACAGGUAUACCUACAAAAUAUGGAAGAAGUUUACAGAGACAUUUAACUGCAUGCCGGUGGCUGCUCUUGUAGAUGAGAAAAUAUUCUGUAUGCACGGUGGACUAUCCCCGGACUUACAGUCUUUCAACCAGAUUCGGUCUAUCCACAGGCCAACAGACAUUCCUGACAGCGGGCUGCUGUGCGAUCUUCUGUGGAGUGAUCCAGACAAAGAAAUCCACAAGUGGGGAGACAAUGACAGAGGAAUAAGCUUUACUUUUGGAACAAGAAUUGUAGAAGAGUUUCUUAACAAACACAAUUUAGAUCUUAUAUGCAGGGCACACCAGGUAGUUGAGGAUGGGUACGAAUUCUUUGCAGAUAAAAGGCUUGUUACUAUAUUUUCUGCCCCAAAUUACUGCGGAGAAUUCGAUAACUCUGGUGCUAUUAUGGAGGUAGAUGAGAAUCUAGUAUGCAGUUUUAGGGUUUUAAAGCCCCUUAACGGAUAGACUUAUAUUAGGUCUUUCUUUGCCUCAGCCCCAAAUAAAAUUCUGGCGCGCAUGGCUAUUUAAGAAUCUUUCUGCUUACUCAGUCUCUUUUGGACAUGUGAUUCGGGGGGUUUCACACCAAUCUUUAGUAGUGUUGUUGAGCUCUCUUUUCUUAUAUCCUAUGCAAAUUAACUGCCAUACAAGAUAUGCUGAAAUAUAUGCCAGAAAUGCCGAAUGUCACCGUAUUAUGACUUAUUCCUGUGCUCCUGGCUAUCUGUGUGUAAUAAAAUAGAAAUUAUACAAACAAAAAUUAACUGAUAAUUUAUUCAUGAUAUCUUUUUAUUAUAUUAUUAA